AUGCUGUCGAGGACUUCGCAACGAACAGCGCAGACGCUCCUGCGGGGCGCGAAGCCUGCCUCACGAUGGGCGCCCGCCAUGGCUACUCGAUCAAUGGCCACGGUCGGCCAGGACAUCUUCAAGCCCACCAAGUUCGGCGGCAAAUACACCGUCACCUUGAUCCCUGGUGAUGGUAUCGGUGCUGAGGUCUCCGAGUCGGUCAAGGAGAUCUUCAAGGCGGACAACGUGCCCAUUGAGUGGGAGCAGGUCGACGUCUCUGGUGUCGACUCUGGUAACGUCCACUCUGAGGAGCUCCUCCGCGAGUCGAUUGCAUCGCUCAAGCGCAACAAGCUUGGUCUCAAGGGUAUCCUCCACACUCCCGUCGAGCGCUCCGGCCACCGCUCCUUCAACGUCGCUCUCCGCCAGGAGCUCGACAUCUAUGCCUCCAUUGUCCUCCUCAAGAACAUCCCUGGCUACGAGACGCGCCACAAGGAUAUCGACUUCUGCAUCAUCCGUGAGAACACCGAGGGCGAGUACUCUGGUCUCGAGCACCAGUCCGUCUCGGGCGUCGUCGAGUCGCUCAAGAUCAUCACCCGCGAGAAGUCUGAGCGCAUUGCCAAGUUCGCCUUUGCCUUUGCCCUUGCCAACAACCGCAAGAAGGUCACCUGCAUCCACAAGGCCAACAUCAUGAAGCUUGCCGAUGGUCUGUUCCGCAACACCGUCAAGAGGGUUGGUGAGGACUACCCCACGCUCGAGACCAACGACAUGAUUGUCGACAACGCCUCCAUGCAGUGCGUCUCGAGGCCUCAACAAUUCGAUGUUAUGGUGAUGCCAAACUUGUACGGAGGUAUCCUGUCCAACAUUGGUGCUGGUCUUGUCGGUGGCCCCGGUAUCGUCCCUGGCUGCAACAUGGGCCGCAACGUCGCCGUCUUCGAGCCCGGUUGCCGUCACGUCGGUCUCGACAUCAAGGGCAAGGACCAGGCUAACCCUACUGCUUUGAUCCUGUCCGCCGCCAUGAUGCUGCGCCACAUUGGUCUUGAUGACCACGCCAACCGCAUCUCGCAGUCCGUCUACAAGGUCAUUGCUGAUGGUACUGCCCGCACAAGGGAUAUGGGCGGCAACACCACCACCCACGAGUUCACUCGCGCCGUCCUGAACCAGAUGGAGAAGGCUUAA